AUGACCGAUAGCAAACCUGCUGCUACUCCUGCCGAGGCCAAGCCGAAGCUCUCUGCCACUGUUGGACAGCUUGCCACUGACGCCGCUCUCUACCGCAGUAUUGUUGGUGCUCUUUACACACCGACCUUCGGUCUUCAUCUUCGUGCCUCCGCCUCCAUCGAGCUUUUUGCCUACACUGAUGUGGAUUGGGCCGGCUGUCCUGACACUCGACGGUCCACGUCGGGAUAUUGUGUCUUCUUUGGUGACUCUCUCAUCUCAUGGUCCUCUAAGCGGCAGCCCACCGUCUCCCGCUCGAGUGCUGUGGCCGAGUACCGUGCCGUCGCCUACGUUGUUGCCGAGACAUGUUGGCUACAUCAACUACUUGGCGAACUUCGGGUCACGAUCCCGAAAGCUAUGGUGGUUUUCUGUGAUAAUGUUUCGGCCACCUACCUCGCGGCCAGUCCGGUGUAG